ACUGGUGAAACAAAAGAAUCAAUUAUUGGAGUUAUUAGGAAUUGAGAGUGGAGAUUCUGUGGUAUAGAACAACCAUUACUUCCCUGAAAGGAUAUGAAGAGAUGGUUGGUCUGCAUUGUUCUAUUUCUUCAAUGGAUAUGCUGUACUUUCAAAAAUGGGUUAGCAGAACGUUUAUUCUCCAGAUGCAGUUAAAGGCUUCAAGGACCCCAACAGGCAACUCCUGGGCACUUUCAGCAUCCUGCCAGGGGAGUCGUGCUCAUCAUGAUGGAAGGGGCUUCUCUUCUGGGCUGUGGCCCACUUCAUCAAGUGAAAAAGAGGCACCAAAACAGGACCAUGAAAGAUUUGGGGGGCAAGUGGUGUUUCCUUUGAUCAAUCUGGUGUAAGGUCAAGAUGCGUAAAGAUAAAGCAGGAUCCGGCAAGGAAAGAGCGGACUUUGAAAGAAGGUGUAGUAGUCAAGAAGAGAAGAGGUGGAUACAAGAAAAAGAGACCCUAACUGGAAGGACCAGGCUGCCCAUAUACUACUUCCCUGCCCUGAGGAAAAUCCCAUUAUCCACUUCAAAAUGAAAUUUGACACCAUUGAAUAGCACUAGUUCAGAAAUAAGAAUAGUCUAUAUAUUAACUUUGGUAUUUCAGGAGAUAAUGAUGAGAGGCUGGCAUUUCAGGAGGACCUCCCCACUUCUGCAGUCAGAACCAGGACAGUCCCACCCACCCCCUUCUGCAGCCAGACCAACUUCAGUCCUGACCUCCUUCUGCAGCCGGCCCCGGGACAGCCCCACACCCCCCUUCUGCAGCCGGCCCCGGGACGGUCCCGCACCCCCCUUCUGCAGCCGGCCCCGGGACGGUCCCGCACCCCCCUUCUGCAGCCGGCCCCGGGACGGUCCCGCACCCCCCUUCUGCAGCCAGCCCCUGGACCAUCCUGCACCCCCCCUUCUGCAGCAAGCCCCAGGACAGUCCCGCACCCCCCUUCUGCAGCCGGCCCCGGGACAGUCCCGCACCCCCCUUCUGCAGCCGGCCCCGGGACAGUCCCGCACCCCCCUUCUGCAGCCGGCCCCGGGACAGUCCCGCACCCCCCUUCUGCAGCCGGCCCCGGGACAGUCCCGCACCCCCCUUCUGCAGCCGGCCCCGGGACAGUCCCGCACCCCCCUUCUGCAGCCGGCCCCGGGACAGUCCCGCACCCCCCUUCUGCAGCCGGCCCCGGGACUGUCCCGCACCCCCCUUCUGCAGCCGGCCCCGGGACUGUCCCGCACCCCCCUUCUGCAGCCGGCCCCGGGACUGUCCCGCACCCCCCUUCUGCAGCCGGCCCCGGGACUGUCCCGCACCCCCCUUCUGCAGCCGGCCCCGGGACUGUCCCGCACCCCCCUUCUGCAGCCGGCCCCGGGACUGUCCCGCACCCCCCUUCUGCAGCCGGCCCCGGGACUGUCCCGCACCCCCCUUCUGCAGCCGGCCCCGGGACUGUCCCGCACCCCCCUUCUGCAGCUGGCCCCGGGACUGUCCCGCACCCCCCUUCUGCACACAUACCCGGCUCUGGGCCAGUCCUGCCUCCUUCCUGCAACUGGCCACAGUUUAGUCCUGCCCCCCCCGCCCUUGAUUUCCCUCAGGGUAGGGAUUAAAUGGCUCGCCAAGAAACGAGGAGAACUCCUGUAGAAGUAACUACAGCCAGUGAAUGCAAGGGAAAUGCAGAAUCCCAGGAGGAUGGAGCAGCUCUAGAUGGAGCAUCCCAAGAGUGGAAAAUGCUGUUGAGAUCAACGAUGUUUUACCCAAGGACUUGCCUCACGCCUGAACCAUGGUUAAACAAAGGAGCACUUCCCGGAAUCCCACUUGGCAUUGUUAUUGAGGUAAGUGCAGAGGGCGACCUCAGCCCGGUCAGUACACAUCAACAUUGACAAAUCUCCCCUCGUGGGUGAAGGGACUUGUGGGCAGGAAGAGGUUGAGGAGAUCAAGCCCGCACCAGAUUCCCAUUCCCUUUCUGGCUAGGUUCCCCAAAGCCUCAAGUCUAUUCAAGGUGUUGGGAGAAGAUCAAAGGAUCCUUCUGUGUGGAAGGGAGGAUACUUCUCCAUUCAGAGGAGUUUUGCCUUCACCUCUGAGGCAAAAACCACCCCCUUAACAGGGAGGCAUGGUUGCACUGCAAUGCUUCACCCCAGGAGUGGAAGCCACACCUUAGUUUACAGAACUCCUUUCAAACUAGUUUCUAUAGUUGUGGUCUGAGUUUGCAACUCUUCUCUCUGCCCCAUCUCUUGAUUCGGAGCCUGGGUGCAAGACCACAUCUUCUCCUAGUACUGCAUGCAGUGUGGGGUGCUGUUUUUUUGCAUCCAUUCCCGACAGGGUAUAAGAAACAAGCCUGGGAAACACAGUGGACCAUGCUGUGACAGCAUCCUUGGUAGGGAUGUUCCUGAAUCGGCACAUCUGAACCAGGCGAAUCGUUUUGGUACCUCUCUAAUGAGGUGCCAAAAUGAUGUGAGCACAUCCCUUAUCCUCGGUCCAUAGGGCCAUCCAGAGGGGUGAGGACAUGCUAAUGAAAGCAGUCCCCAACCUCUGAUGGCUUUCUGCAGGAACACCUUGGCAUCCGCUCACCCCACCGGGUAACAGUGUGGGAUUAGCUGGCCGCCUUUUGGGGCCGAGUAGGAAUUUUCCCCAUCCACCCAGAUUGGCCUGGAGGUGGCUGGUUUUUUGCCUACUCUACACUGUUGCACUGGUAGGGGUUUUUGAUCUGGCCCAUGUUAGGAGCGGUGCCUUUAAAUAGAGUAGCCCCUUGGUCACCAGCACCAUGAUGGCAGGUCAGAGGAGGGGAUACGGUGCUGCACCCUAGGGGUGGCAGCUCCACUGUGGCUUGGCUACAUUGCAGCUCUCUGUUGAAACUAGGUUAAUAAAGUUAUCGCCCUAGUUUUAAUCCA